UUUCGAGUAACUGCGGCUCCUGCGCCCGUCAGCUCCAUUUUGUCUUCGGCGCUCGUUGUGGUCGCAGCUCGCUCGGCAAGCUUUGUCUCCCUCGCUCGGCUCGCUGCAGGACGAUGAGGCAUUCAAAGAGAACUUACUGUCCUGACUGGGAUGAAAGAGAUUGGGAUUAUGGAACCUGGAGAAGGAGCCCCAGUCGGAAGAGGAGGAGGAGCUCUCACAGCAGUGCUGGGGAAAAUAAGCCCUGCAAAUACACUCACUCUAAAACAUCUGAUAGUUACUAUAUGGAAAGCAGAUACAUAUAUGAGAAAGAUUAUCAUAGUCGUCGCUACAUUGAUGAAUAUAGAAAUGACUACAGUCAAGGAUAUGAACCAGGAUAUCAUCAUGGAGACUAUGAAAGCAGAUAUCUGAACCAUAGUAGCAAGUCUUCUGGUAGAAGUGGAAGUAGUCAUAAAAGUAAACGCAGGAUUCACCACCGUACUUCACCUCAUCGCUUACAUGGGAGGAGUCACCGAAGGAAAAGAACCAGGAGUGUAGAGGAUGAUGAGGAGGGUCACCUGAUCUGUCAGAGUGGAGACGUACUAAGUGCAAGAUAUGAAAUUGUUGAUACUUUAGGAGAAGGAGCUUUUGGGAAAGUAGUGGAGUGCAUUGAUCAUAAAGCGGGAGGUAGACAUGUAGCAGUAAAAAUAGUUAAAAAUGUGGAUAGGUAUUGUGAAGCUGCUUGCUCAGAAAUUCAAGUUCUGGAACACCUAAAUACAACAGACCCCCACAGUACCUUCCGCUGUGUCCAGAUGUUGGAGUGGUUUGAGCAUCAUGGUCACAUUUGCAUUGUGUUUGAACUGCUGGGGCUUAGUACUUACGACUUCAUUAAGGAGAAUGGUUUUCUACCAUUUCGACUGGAUCAUAUCAGGAAGAUGGCAUAUCAGAUAUGCAAAUCUGUGAAUUUUUUACAUAGUAAUAAGUUGACUCACACAGACUUAAAGCCUGAAAACAUCUUGUUUGUGCAUUCUGACUACACAGAAGCUUAUAAUCCCAAAAUGAAACGUGAUGAACGUACAGUAAUAAAUCCCGAUAUUAAGGUGGUUGACUUUGGAAGUGCAACAUACGAUGACGAACAUCACAGUACGUUGGUGUCUACAAGACAUUAUCGAGCACCUGAAGUUAUUCUAGCCCUGGGAUGGUCUCAACCAUGUGAUGUCUGGAGUAUAGGAUGUAUCCUUAUUGAAUACUAUCUUGGAUUUACAGUAUUUCCAACACAUGAUAGUAAGGAGCACUUAGCCAUGAUGGAAAGGAUUCUUGGACCUCUACCCAAACACAUGAUACAAAAAACCAGGAAACGGAAAUAUUUUCAUCAUGAUCGGUUAGACUGGGAUGAACACAGUUCUGCAGGCAGAUAUGUUUCACGUCGCUGUAAACCUCUUAAGGAAUUUAUGCUUUCUCAGGAUGCUGAACAUGAAUUACUCUUUGACCUCAUUGAAAAAAUGUUGGAGUAUGAUCCAGCCAAAAGAAUUACUCUCAAAGAAGCCUUAAGGCAUCCUUUCUUUUACCCACUAAAAAAAGCUACAUAGAUGCUUAUCUGCAUAACUCUUCAGAAGAGAUUUUUAUUGACUGUAUCAGUCUGGUUUUAAAUAUUAAGUUAUUUUGUAUAGCUUUGUGAGUUUCUUUAUUGUAUUGUGUAUUUGGGUAAUUUGAUUUUAAGUAUAUAGCCAAGUAAGUUUCAGUGAUUAGAAAACGAUUUGAGAAUAAACUUUGCUCAUGA